UAUAUUUACUGAAUUCAUGCCUUCUCUCUUUCAGGAAGUUCAUGAUUUAUUACAGGACUAUGAGUUAAAGUAUUGUUAUGUGGACAAAAAUAAACGAACAGCUUUUGUUACCUUAUUAAAUGGGCAACAAGCCCAGAAUGCAAUUCAAAUGUUUCAUCAAUAUUCUUUUCGUGGAAAAGACUUAGUAGUCCAACUCCAGCCAACAGAUGCUUUGUUGUGUAUUACCAACUUGCCUACUUCUUUUACAUUAGAAGAGUUUGAAGAACUUGUCCGUGCUUAUGGAAACAUCGAGCGAUGUUUCCUGGUCUACAGUGAAGUUACUGGUCAUUCCAAAGGCUAUGGAUUUGUGGAAUACAUGAAAAAGGACUUCGCUGCGAAGGCUAGGUUGGAGCUAUUGGGUAAACAGUUGGGAACAUCAGCUCUCUUUGCACAGUGGAUGGAUGUUAAUCUACUGGCUGCGGAGCUCAUUCAUUCUAAGUGCCUUUGUAUAGAUAAACUUCCUAGUGACUACAGGGAUUCAGAGGAGCUGCUGCAGUUUUUUUCCAGUAUCCAUAAGCCUGUGUUUUGCCAGCUUGCACAGGAUGAAGGCAGUUAUGUUGGUGGCUUUGCAGUGGUUGAGUACAACUCUGCUGAGCACGCUGAGGAGGUUUGGCAGGCUGCCCAUGACAUGACCAUCCAGGGCAGCCAAGUCCAGGUCUCCUUCUGUGCCCCGGGAGCACCAGGACGCAGCACCUUGGCAGCACUGAUUGCAGCUCAGCGUGUGAUGCACAGUAGUCAAAAGGGCCUACUACCAGAGCCAAAUCCAGUACAAAUUAUGAAAAGUCUAAACAACCCUGCCAUGUUACAAGUUCUUUUACAACCCCAGCUUUGUGGGCGAGCUGUUACACCAGCAGUUCUUGGAACACCUCACAGCUUGCCACAUCUGAUGAAUCCUUCCAUCUCCCCUGCAUUUUUACAUUUGAAUAAAGCCCAUCAGAGCUCAGUUAUGGGUAAUGCUUCUAAUUUAUUCCUUCAGAAUCUCUCUCAUGUACCACUGACACAACAAUUAAUAAAGUUUGAGAAUAUUCAUACGAAUAAUAAACCGGGCUUACUUGGAGAGCCCCCCGCUAUAGUAUUGCAAACUGCAGUAGGGAUUGGGUCGGCCCUUCCAUUGAAAACAGAGUUGGGUCAUCAUGGAGAAGGACAUAAAACAUCUAAUCUGAUGCCUCCUCAAACAGCCAUCACAGCUGGUGUGGGCAUGUUGCCAUUCUUUCAAAAUCAGCACAUUGCUGGACAAGCUGGGCCAGGUACUACUCAGGAGAAACAGCCAGCCUCCGUGGGAAUGGCAGAAGGAAACUUCUCGGGGUCACAGGCUUAUCUCCAGAAUUUUCCAAACCUUGCUGCUGGAGGCUUGUUGACAGGACACCUUAAGCAACAGCAAAGUCAGCCAAAAGCCACAGAGAUAAGUUCUGGGGCUACCAUUAAGAAUCAGACUUCACUGUUGGGGGAACCACCAAAAGAAAUUCGGCUUAGUAAAAACCCAUACUUGAACUUGGCAAGUGUUUUACCCAGUGUCUGCUUAUCCACUGCAAAUAAAACCACUCUGCAGAAGACUGGAAUUGCAAGCAACCUUCUGGAUGCAAUCUCUCAGGGAAAUGAGUCACAACAUACAUUGGAAAAGUCUAUUGCUUAUUCACAACCUUUUAGUGAUUAUACACAGGUUUCAUCUUUAAGAAAUGAAAAGCGAGGCUCAUCAUAUCUUGUGUCUGCCCCAGAAGGUGGUUCAGUAGAAUUUGUUGACCAGCAUUCUCAGGGCACAGGAAAGUAUUAUAUGGAAACUUAUUUAAAAAAGAAGCGUGUAUACUGAAUUAAGUUCUGACCUUAUAGCCUCAUGAGGUUCUUUGCAGUAUUUCUGCUGUUUAUCGCUGCCUUAACUACAUUCAAACUAGCCAUAUCCUUUAAAUACGGGUUUGUAAUUUCCCCAUAAGGAACUGUUGUGCAGCAGGCAGAACUGCCAAAAAAUAAGUAGCAAUAAUAGAGGACAUUUUCACUAGAAUUAGAGGCAUCUUAAUGUGGUAUAAAGUUACAGUUCAUUUGGAGAAAUUAUUUCUUGUUAUAGGAGUGGGAAUAAUUGACACCAUAUGUAAGUUUGAAGCAAUAAAUGGGAAACGUUGUUUCCUAAGCCUUAGAAGAAUGAAUUUCUUGUAAAGCCAAUGUACAUUUCAGUUACUUUCAGUAGAGGUAAUCUAAGAUUUACAGAUUUUUAGAAUUUUAUGCUAGUAGUAGAAGAAUGCAGGUAGAAAAAAGGGCAGUGAUGGUAAUAUUUUAAAGAUGUGCUACACACAAGCUAAAUUAUUAACAGCCACAAAUAUACAACCCCAAAGGCAGAGUGAUGAUUAUAACAUUCAAAGUAUAUAUAUAAUGUAUUUUGAGAGAAAGAAAGUUAAGUAGCUUUGGAUAAUCCAAUGAUAGGACUUGGCAAACUUGUCUGUAAGGUAAGAAUUGUUACAUUUUUAAAUGUUAGGGAAACGUAUAUAAAAUUCUCAUUUGUGUAGAAAAAUUCACUGGAUGAUAAUGAAGUACAUUUUCAUAUAGGUACUUUUGUGGUACAAAGGUAGACCUGAAUAGCUUUGACGGAACAUAUUGGUCUGCAAAGCAUAAAAUACUUUGAGAAGAAAUGUUAAAUUUUGCUAAUUGUAGAAAACUUAAGUUUCAUUGUCUCUCCACAGCAUGAUAUAAUUAUGCAUUUGUGUAAUAUUAUAUAACAUCUUCUAAAGGAGUCUUAGGAAGUAACUAUUUAACCAUUUUGAGGUAAUAAGCUAUACCUCACUCUGUUUCUUACUCAAUUUACAUGGGAAAGAAUUGCUUAUUUCCUGGAGACUGGUGGUAUUUGCCAUCUAGAAAGUACUGGCUAACUUUGUGCCUUGUUACAAGAUUUUUGAGACUGCUAAACGAGAAUAUUUUGUAAAUUGGUAGAGUUAAGUUACCAUGUUUUAAGUGAGAACACUGAUGUAUGCUGUAAAAAAUUUUACUUGAUCUAAGUGUCUAUUAACCUGUGUUGGAAAAGGACAAGCAGAAUGGUAAUUUCUAAGAAGUAUACCUAUAAAUAAUGCAUAGGUAUGACUGUAAAUGAAUAAUGG